CAUCGUUCGUGGUAUUGACAGCUCGUCGACACCAAACAUGCAGUGCCUUUUGUUUUGAUGACACAUACACACACGGACGAAAACAAUCAGCGCGUGUACAGUACGGAGGCACACGGUUGUAGUAAUUUUAGGAAUUCUAUCGUAAGUGGAAAGUCGACUCCGGACCACGAUGGAUCCGCUCAACAUAAAGCUCGAGGUGCCGGAUCUCCCACUACCGCUCGGGGACGACGGGCUGAUGAUGUCGAGCGCCGAUUUCCUACCAACCGAAAAUGACCUGUUCCUAGGCGACGAUGACGACGACGUGAUCGUAGUGCACAUGGAUUUGCGCGAGAAUCUGUCCACUCUACGGGGGUUGGUCGAGCGGCGGAUCGGAAUGUCGCUCAAGCACUACGAGUUCUGGCUGCAGGGGUCCACGAUGCUCGAAUCCCACAAGAAUCUGGUCGACCAGUGUGUGCAGGGCGAAGGGUUGGUGCAGAUCAACGUACAGGUGCAACCUAACAAGCGGCGCAUCAACAUCGCGGAUGUGUUGAAACCGACGGACGAGGUGCUCGAAACGUACCAGCGCGAAAUAGAACAAGCGGCCAAGGAAGCAGAAGCGGCGGCAGCGGCCAAACGAGCCGCUGAGGAGGAAGUGGCCGCUGCAGAAGCGAUUGCGGCAGCGGAAGCCGAAGCGGAGCUGGCCAAACGUACCACCGAGGACAGCUCUGCGAGCCGGAUCGAUGAAAGCGAUACAACUUCCACCAAGGCGAGCGCGACGAACGAGUCGCACGAAACGGCUAUCGCUGUUGCGGCCAUCAUAGACUCGGUUAGUGCGGAGGAGCGGGAAAAGGAGCGCGAAAAGGAGCGCCGAAAUGAACGGGAACGACAGGCGGCGAGCGAAAAGGGCGGAAAGCUAAUGCCCGCGGUAAAGGAAGAGGUGCACGGUUUCGCGGACCAUUCGCUGGACGAUUGUGACGAGUCGGAUGGAGAGAUUGGCGACGAACCGUUGGCUGCCCUGCCGUGGGUGUACGACAGUGCGUUCAAGCGUGACCAGCAGCGCUUGAACAUUCCGGACGAUCCGCUCGAAUGGACGGUUGCGCAGGUGAAGCACUGGAUCCAGUGGGCCGUCCGGACGUUCAACCUCAACGGUAUAAAGCUGCAGGACUGGAGCAUCACCGGCAAGGAGCUGUGCGAGUUGGACGCGGACGAGUUUAAGCUAAAAGCACCGAACGAUCCGGGCGGUCUGUUCUGGAUGCAUUUGGAGCUGCUGAGACGGCACAAGAUUGUGGCCACGCUACAGAAACCGGCUGAAGGCGAACAGUUGGUCGAGAUGACCAUACGGAGGAAAAUUCCCAAAGUUAAUAUCGGCAGCAAAAACGAUGAGUUUAGCUACUGUGGCAAUCGGACAGGGAACAAUGGACAGAUUCAGCUGUGGCAAUUCCUGCUGGAAAUUCUCACCGACCGUGAACAUCGUGCCAUUAUUCAGUGGAUGGGAACCGAGGGAGAGUUCAAACUUUGCAAUCCGGAACUGGUGGCACAGCUGUGGGGCGAGCGCAAGAACAAACCCACGAUGAACUACGAAAAGCUGUCGCGUGCCUUGCGCUACUACUACGACGGGGACAUGAUUUCGAAGGUGCACGGGAAGCGUUUCGUGUACAAAUUCGUGUGCGACCUGCGCGAGCUGCUGGGAUACGAUGCGUCCGAGCUGUCGGCGCUGGUUAACGAAGGGUCUCCGGUUAGUGCCGACACGCAGUAUGAGAGCCAGAGUUAUGAUGUUGAUUUCGAUUGAUACACGGGAAGCGGUUCCUAUGGAUGUUAUGGAGCGGAGUUAGUAAUUGCACAAUUCGCAAAGAGGUAAUUGCUUCACAUGUACCUUGAACGAGCGAGACGGACAGCGAUUCGAUCGUCCCGUUCCUGAGAGAAUGUUUGCAAAUACUGUUUUCUUUGAUCUAAGGGUUAAGGGGCUUCUUCUGUUAACAUAUACUUUACAUUUAUUUUACUUUUUUCUAUCGAUAACACAUACACACCCACUCAUUAUGAAUGAAAGUUUUAUAUAAAGAAUAUUGAAAACAUGCUUGCAUGCCAUUAA